CGCUGCUAUAGAGGUGGACUAUGGACUCAGUAUCGUAGCGCUGCUUGCCUGUUCCGAUCUUCGCUUUAUUUAAGUUUUGCUUUAGGUACUCAGGCGAUCACCCAAUUUUAACUGAAAUUUGGCUUCAACCGCAGAAAGUUUUUUUUCUAUCCUGGUAUUUCAAAGUUUAAAAUUCAUUGGGAUCAAAAUGAAUGCUGUUAUAUUCUACUUUUGCCUGAUAGUCGGUGUUCAAAUGACGCCCGUGCAAGGAUCCUCGUGUGACGACCGAUUUGAUAAUCCGCAAGGGGAAAUUACCACACCGGGUUUUCCAAAUCGCCUGGCUCUUAACCAAUCACUGUGUCGAUUCCAAAUUGACGUUGGUUCGGGUAAAAUUGAACUGAAGUUUGAGAAUGUAAGCCUUCCUGAUGGUUACAUUAUUACGUUCGCCUCAUUUUUAUACAUAAUUGGUGAAAAUCGCCUAGAGUCGAGAAACUUCUAUACUCCCAGGCACAAAAUAGACAUCUCAUUUAUCUAUCCGGGAAACACGUCAAGAAACAGUUACACAGGGGUGAAGCUUCGUUAUAAGCGAAUUCCCGCAGAUACUUGUAUAUCAAACCACAAAUCUCUCCAUUUCGACGUAGAGAUCCAGAGUCCAGGCUAUCCUAAUAAUUAUCAAGCUAAUUUAACCUGUGAAUACUACAUAGAUGUUUACAAAAAGAAGAAUUUUAUCCAGAUCGGCUUCAUAGAUAUGUCCUUCGGCCCGAAUGAUGUUUUCACAAUGUACGACACUAACGACAAUAGCAUUUUACUUGGUCCACUUACCGGUCCAAGGGAUGGAAUUCAGAUGAACUCUACAAACAGUUCUUCUGUGAGGAUCGUUGUAAAUGCUAGUUCAACUUCUAAUGGUGUGAGAAAAUAUGCGUUUGUAUUUAGGGAAGUUCUACAAGGCACAUGUGUAAAGGAGUAUUAUAGUGAUGUGGGGGUGGAGCAGCGUGUUUCCUCCGCAAGAGAAACUUGUCUGCACGUUGUCAGGUCCAAAAAGGAUACUUUUCUUCGGUUGUGGUUUGAAUCACUCGUGAUAUCUCCCGAAAACUUUGUCGUUGUAACACUAAGAAGUUCCAGAGGAAAAAUCGACACUUGGAACUUGACGUCGAACGAUUUGGGACAUUAUAGGAGAAACUUCGAGGCGCUGGAAAAGGGAAAUUGGUUUGAGAUAGAACAGACUAAAAACGUCUCAUUUGAUUUAAGGUUUAUGUCGUACAGUAGCGGCAUGUGCCCUUUCUACAAAGAAUCGGAAAGUUUUGAGAGCGGUUUCUCUUCGCCUGGUUAUCCAGACAAUCUUCCUAGCAACAGCAGCUGCGAGUUUUACUUCACAGCCCAAGACGAAACAAAGGUGGUUUCUCUUAAAUUCAAGGAGUUACUGCUGUCCCCUGGUGAUCUCGUCACAAUUUAUGACCCAACCCGGAACAGUAUCAUUGCAAAAUACUAUAGAACAGAGCAGUUACUCGUUUCUGUAAAAUCGAAAGGUGGCGCCAUUCGCGUGGUCGUUAAUACAUCAGGUAAUCAGACAACGGUCGGACGACGAUUCUUAUUGGAUCAUAAAGCUCUAUCUCCAGACGUGUGUCUCAUUGAAUACGUGGGGAGAGCUGGCCAAUUUUCCUCUGUCAAUCGUUCGUGUGAAUUCAACAUUUUCUAUUCUGCUGCAAUAGAAUUGACGUUUAAAAACAUCAAAGUUCCUGAAAACGGCACCAUUGAAGUGUUCCAACGAACAAAAUAUCCGGUCAGAAAUGAGAUUCUUGGGACUAUUAAAUCAGAAGAUUCUGGCACAACUAAAUAUUUUAGAAAUACAGGAGGGACCAGCGGUGAAAGGCUUAUAUCGAUUCGUACUAAUGGGGCAAGUGUGAUGUUUCGUUUGAACUUCAAACCUUUUGUCUCGGAUCGCAUUGUAACCCUUGGCGGUUCUAAUGGCACCUUAUGUUCUCCAUAUUAUCCCGAAACAUACCUCCGAGGGAUUAUGCAGAUUUAUCACGUAAUAGUUCCUAAUGGGCACGUGAUGUUAAAUUUUACUGAAAUGCAAUUGACUAGCGGACGUUUUUUCAACGACCUUGUUACAAUCUACGAUGGCAACACCACUUCCGAGAAGGGCAAACUGGGCGGGUUUGAAGGAGGAACCCCAUCUGUCGUUCCUGCAUGGUUUCUUAGUUCUAGUAAUAUCAUAACCGUUAAGUUUGCUUGCGUUGAAGACGAUGCUUUGAGAAGAAAAAAUCGAUUUAAGGCUUCGUAUGUCACGAAAACCCAAGUGAAAUACUGUGAUGCAUUGAAAUGGCCAAAUACGCAUCCCGAGCGGAAUUUAACAUUGCCAGGACGAACAACGAAGUAUUUCUGUAAUAAGAAUUACCUCAAUCCAGACUAUAAAAAUAUCUUUAAGUGGGUGGAACGAAAAUGCAAUUUUGGUGGAGACUGGAACCAGGGUGAUACGUUGAUUUGUAAGAGAAUAUGUCCAAGACUUGACGAAAAGUUAAAGGAAAAUUCCACCCUGAGAUGGAGUUAUUCUUUCACCUAUGCUCGCGCCCCUCAUGAUGGGACAAACGUAAGGUUUACCUGUGGAUUUGGUUGGGAGUUAACCGGUGGUCCUGAAAUAAUCACGUGCACGUCACAUGGUAAUUAUUCCGCUUUUCCUCCAACGUGUAAGAAACUGCCAGAUAGAAAGAAGAAUGAAGGCAGCUCAAGCAAUGCUUGGAAGUACGGAGUAGGAUUUGGUAGCACCGCAUUCAUUAUUGCCAUUGUGAUUGCUGUAUUAAGGGGUUGCUUCGGUUGCUGCUCGGUUUGUGAGUCAAAGACCGCUAGUUCUAGUAUUCAAUUGGAAAGUAUGAGCACGACCUAAUUGUAUUUUAAUAUAUAUAAUAACAAAUUUAUGGAGAAAAAUAGAUUUGCAGACAACUCGCUUAAAUUUUUCCCUAUAUAUUUUGUCCUUAUAUAUCGCUAUUUAUAUGGAAAGAAAUAUUAUAACCUGUAAAAUCUGUGACCUAUUUUAAUAAUUCUUAGAAUAACGGAAAUAUUAUAUUCAUGAACUAAACCUGGUUAUUUAAUUAACGUUCACAAUUAGUUGAUUAAUAUUAUGAUCAAUGGACGACUUGUGCUUUAGACUAAAUUUCUUACCUCGGCGGUAAAAAGGACAUUUUCUGAAAGAGCUUUCUAAAAUAAGUAAAACUGCCAAGUUUGACUACGAAUUGUUGUAAACUACGGAAAAUAUAGCCAUGCGAGGUUCACGAAUAUGUUUACUUUUGUCUUACGGCCGGAAGCGUGUAGCUAAUUUUGUUACACAUUUCCGCACGUAAUACAAAAGUAUACAAAAUUUGCCAA